CUGCAACCACUUCAGUCGAAGUCUCCUCUCUGCGGGCUGGGUAAAACCGAAUUGAGCAACCAGAUACCACCACGCUUUUGCUAGAGGAAGACUGGAGCGAAUAUGGCAAACUCGAAUGAGACUUUCUACGUUCGCUACUACUCAGGUCAUUCUGGGCGGUUUGGACAUGAGUUCCUAGAAUUUGAUUUUCGAUCUCUCGGAGACGGCCGCAGUGCGUCUGCCCGGUAUGCGAACAACUCCAACUAUCGAAAUGACUCCCUGAUCCGCAAAGAGAUGUGCGUCAGCGCCCUGAUGAUCGCUGAAAUCAAGCGCAUUAUCAAAGAAAGUGAAAUUAUGAAGGAAGAUGAUUCGAAAUGGCCCCAGAAGAACAAGGAUGGACGACAGGAGCUGGAAAUCAGGCUGGGGAAUGAGCAUAUUUCUUUUGAGACCGCGAAAAUAGGAUCCCUCGUCGAUGUCACCGAGUCGGCUGACCCCGAAGGAUUGCGGGUAUUCUACUAUCUUGUCCAGGACCUUAAGGCUCUGGUAUUCUCACUGAUCUCCUUACAUUUCAAGAUCAAACCUAUUUAAAUAUUUCCAAUUGAUGUCGAACUAACAAAGGGAAAAAAAGAAAAUUGAACGGCAUGAUCUUUCUUAUUUAUUCUAUUCGGCUAGGUACUGGCGUGGCGUUGAAAUUGUGAGGGAUUGUCCGCUAUUCUUUUUUUAAUACAUUUUAAGGCUUUCUUUGUAAAUUAACACCUCCAAAGAUGAAGCAAAAACGCGCUCUUCGCUGAUUUGACCAGCAUACCAUCCCUCUGGGCCGAAAGUGUAAUUAUUUUGCUGUAGAAAUAUGAAUGUAGCACGCCUUUGAUAUAACAUAA